GGGGGGGCGUUUGUGGCUGGCGAGUCGAGCCUCGGAGCGGCCGUUGGGCCAUGGCGCACCGCUGCCUGCUGCUGUCGCGCGGCUGCUGCCGGCGCCGGGGCCUGUCCGGGGUCCUGACGCUGCAGCAGCUGCUCUCCAGCCGGGGCCCCUCGGGGCCGGGGCUGGCGCAGCUCCAUGAACAAGUUACCACUAGAGUGACUACAAACAAAAGUACUGUCUUGGCAAGUGUAAUUGCUGCUUACAGAAGACUCUUCUCCCAACCUCCUAAAGGAUUUGAAAAGUAUUUUCCUAAUGGAAAGAAAACUAAUGAAUCCAAAGGAUCAGCUGGAGAAACAAAAGAAGCAAAGCAGACUAAUGCCCAGCGACCUCCUGGGAGUAACAGUGGAGGGGGAGGAGGUGGUGGAAAGAGAGGUGGCAAGAAAGAAGACACUGGAUGGUGGGCCAGAUUACAGAAGGGUGACUUUCCAUGGGAUGACAAAGAGUUCCGGUUUUACUUCAUGAGCACUUCUAUUUUCUGGGCUACUGUUACGUAUUACUUUUUCUUCAGGAACUCUGGCAGAGAAAUCACUUGGAAAGAUUUUGUCAAUAAUUACCUUUCUAAAGGAAUGGUGGACAGACUAGAAGUAGUGAACAAGCGCUUUGUUAGAGUGGUCUUUACCCCAGGAAAGUCUCCUAUGGAGGGGCAAUAUGUCUGGUUUAAUAUUGGUAGUGUGGACACUUUUGAGCGGAAUCUGGAAACUGCACAGCAAGAGUUCGGAAUAGAAGGGGAGAACAGAUUACCUGUUGUCUACUCAGCAGAAAGUGAUGGCUCGUUUCUUCUGAGCAUGCUGCCCACAGUCCUUAUAGUUGGCUUCUUACUGUACACAUUAAGACGAGGGCCCGCUGGCAUGGGUCGAACAGGGCGAGGAAUGGGUGGACUCUUCAGCGUAGGUGAAACCACAGCCAAGGUCCUAAAGGAUGAAAUAGAUGUCAAGUUCAAAGAUGUAGCUGGCUGUGAAGAGGCCAAAUUAGAAAUAAUGGAGUUUGUUAACUUUCUGAAAAACCCAAAGCAAUAUCAGGAUCUAGGAGCAAAAAUCCCGAAGGGGGCCAUUCUGACGGGUCCUCCAGGCACUGGGAAAACACUUCUAGCUAAAGCUACAGCAGGAGAAGCUAAUGUUCCUUUCAUUACAGUCAAUGGCUCUGAGUUCUUAGAGAUGUUUGUCGGCGUGGGUCCUGCUAGAGUCCGCGAUUUAUUUGCUCUGGCCCGUAAAAACGCCCCCUGCAUUCUCUUCAUUGACGAAAUAGAUGCAGUAGGAAGGAAGAGAGGACGGGGAAACUUUGGAGGGCAAAGUGAACAAGAAAACACACUCAACCAACUUCUAGUAGAAAUGGAUGGAUUUAACACUACCACAAAUGUAGUCAUUUUGGCAGGCACCAAUAGACCAGAUAUCUUAGAUCCUGCACUAAUGAGGCCAGGGCGCUUUGAUAGACAGAUCUACAUUGGACCUCCAGAUAUAAAGGGAAGAGCAUCUAUUUUCAAAGUUCACCUCAGGCCUCUGAAACUAGAAAGCAUCAUAGAUAAAGAUAACCUGGCAAGAAAACUUGCAUCACUAACUCCCGGGUUUUCAGGUGCUGACAUAGCUAAUGUUUGUAAUGAAGCUGCUUUGAUCGCUGCAAGACACCUUUCAGAUGCCAUAAACCAAAAGCACUUUGAGCAAGCGAUUGAACGAGUAAUAGGAGGUUUGGAAAAGAAAACGCAGGUACUGCAACCCGAGGAGAAAAAGACAGUAGCGUAUCAUGAGGCAGGCCAUGCAAUAGCAGGAUGGUUUCUGGAACAUGCUGACCCACUCUUAAAGGUAUCUAUUAUCCCACGUGGCAAAGGAUUGGGUUAUGCCCAGUAUUUACCCAGAGAACAAUACCUUUACACCAAAGAGCAGUUACUUGACAGAAUGUGCAUGACACUGGGAGGACGUGUGUCAGAACAAAUCUUCUUUGGAAGAAUUACAACAGGAGCCCAAGAUGACUUGAAGAAGGUGACUCAGAGUGCAUAUGCUCAGAUUGUUCAGUUUGGCAUGAAUGAAAAGGUAGGGCAGAUUUCCUUUGAUCUCCCUCGUCAAGGGGACAUGGUAUUGGAGAAACCUUACAGCGAGGCAACUGCAAGACUGAUUGAUGAAGAAGUACGAAAUCUUAUUAACAGUGCAUAUGAAAGGACAGUAACUCUCUUGAUGGAGAAGAAGGCAGAUGUGGAGAAGGUUGCUUUACGACUGUUGGAGAAGGAGGUACUAGAUAAAAGUGAUAUGGUUGAACUACUUGGCCCAAGACCAUUUGCAGAAAAAUCUACUUACGAAGAAUUUGUUGAAGGCACAGGCAGUCUAGAUGAAGAUACUUCACUCCCAGAAGGCCUUAAAGAUUGGAACAAAGAUCGUGAAAAAGAGGAGGAGGAGACCACAGAUGAACAGAUUGCCAAGCAGAUAACAGGAGGGAUGCCAUUUUAGUUUUGAAGUAUGCUGUGGUAUAAAAUUGCACAAUAUUUUUAUUUGCAUUGUGAAACGACUGGAAAACACUUCAAUAGUUUGAUUUAAGAACCAUCUGCAUAUUCAAACAAAUCUUUAGUGAUGGUAAACGAAGAGCAAGGGUUGACACAGGGAUAAGAAUACUCAGAUCCGUCUUAAGCUGUCAUUACUUUAUAGGUAAAAGAUGAUCGCUUCUGAGCUGUCAGCUAAGGGAGAUGUCAAUUAGAGAUUGGCCUGCACUGGAACUCGAGAACUGAACCCCCCUCAAACUUCGGAAUGGUUUGGAUCCAAGUCCAAAUUCUGUGGCAAGGUCCAUUUCUAAAUUUAUUUAAGGUGAUGCAAAUUAAGGUUCCAUAAUAUUGAUCUAGAAAGUCUGUAUAUGUGGCAUCUACCCAAAUGUGAAUCACUUCAACAUCUAUAUGUGUGGGGAAACAUAUUUUUAUAUGCUUAGCCAAGGGUCUAAUCAGCUUACGAAAACACUCGACGUUUCUGCAAUGCAUCAGCUUUUUUUUCACCCUCUUGCUAUUUAAUUUUAGUCUCCCCCCCCCUCACCCCCCCAACCAAUUUGUUCACAGGGAACGGCCAUGUACAUUUACCAUGAAAUUGGAGACCCAUUGAAUAGCUUUACAGUUAUGGUCAUGGUUCAGUGUCUUAAAGUGUAGAACUAAAUUAAACUUCUGCAGUUUUAAUAUAAUGUGGGUUUUUUUUCUACAGGGAGCUGUAAGAUAUUGAAUAUGUGAAUGCACUUUGUUCAUUGUGUAAAUAAGAUUUCUUUGAAAGUCAUUAAAAUCAGAACAUUGUACUUUUCUGAA